UAAAAAAAAACAAGAAUCGACAGAAGAAAAGUUAAUUUGUAGUCCACACAUUUGGGCUGUUUUUUUUACUCCUUUUUUACUCCCUUUUUAUCUGACCUCAGUAUGAAGAGGUUGUUCACACUGCUAGAUGUUUCCCCCUUUUAAAGCUGCUCUCUGCCUCCGUCAUUGAUUACUUUAAUUACAAAGCACGUAGCAAGAUCGGAGCAUGAAUCUGAUAACUUUAUAGGCUGAUCAGAUGCAGACGGGUAUGAUGAUUUGAUUCACCACGACACCAGAAUUGGUACAAAUUUGCGUAUCUGCGCUGACCUGGAGUUUGUUUUAAUAAUAAUAAUAAAAUUAAAGUUUGAAACACUGAAUCCUGUUUAUUUAACUAUCACAGUUUUUUAGACAUGAAUCUUUUAUAAACCUUAAACAUAUUUCAUGAAGUCACAGUAAACAGGAGUAAAGCUGAUAAAAACACAACAGAGAGACUGACUUGUGGACCCGGGGCCACAGCAGCUCAAACGGACUUUAAAGAUUCUGCUUGAAGAGGUUCAGAGAUCACCUGGAGAUCUGAACCAUCGAGAACCGGUCAGCACAGAGGGUACUGACAUUUCCACCGACUUCCUGUCUGACUGACCUUUAACAUCAAACACACACACACACACACACACACACACACACACACACGCACGCACGCACACGCACACUCCACCCUCUCUACAGGUCUAUAAAAGCAGCAGCUGGUUCGAGGACAGAAGGUUCCCUCUGCAGGCUAAGGUGGAGACCUGCUGUUGUAGUUCUCGGUUGUUUGUGGCGUGUUGUGUGUUUCCAGGUGGAGCAGGUGGAGGUGAUGAUGUCUGGGAGGACCUGCAGCAGCGGUCAUGUGGUUCAGGCUCAGAAGUUGGUGGAUCAGCUGAGAGUGGAGGCGGGCAUGGAGAGAAUCAAGGUGUGUGUGUGAGAACCUCCAGGCAGGUAUUCAUUCACUCAUUCAUAUAAACUUACCUUCAUUCAUUCAUUCACUCACUCACACACCUGUCUGCUCUACUGUUACCCACAAUCCCUCUGUCCCUCAGAUCUCGCUGACGGCUGCAGACCUGGUUCGGUUCUGUCAGGAUCACAGACGCAGUGACCCGCUACUGACCGGGAUCUCCGCCUCCUCCAACCCCUUUAAGGACAAGAAGACCUGCAGGCUGCUCUGACCCCCCAACCUGAGGAGGGACGCUUCACCUGGUUACCAUGACGACCCAUCUGUGAGUGUCCAAGGACGGAGGACAGACGGAGGACAGAUGGAGGACAGACAAAGGACAGAGGAGGAACUGAGAACAAACAGACAGAGGACAAACUGAGGACAAACGGAAGACAAGUGGACAGAUGGAGAAAAGAGGACAGAUGGAGGACAGACACAGGAAAGAGGACAGAUGGAGGAGAGAGUAAGAACUGAGGACAAACAGUCGGAGGACAGAUGGAGGACUAAG